AUGGAGACAAGUCAACUGAAAAUAGCGGAGAAGCUUGUCAUUCUAAAUGAUCGUGCCGUUGGAAUGCUGACAAGGAUUUAUAACAUAAAAAAGGCGUGUGCAGAUCCCAAAUCGAAGCCGGCCUUCCUCAGUGACAAACACAUGGAGAACGCCGUUAAACAUAUUGCACGUAAAUUCCCUGUUGUUGACGCUAGGAUGAAUACUUCUACGUUCCACUUAUGUUGA